AUGAAUCAAGAUAGAAAUAGUAGACCAUCUACAACCUCUAGCAAAACUAGACCAUAAACUAAUUCAUCACAAAGAAGAUAGAUAAGAAGCAAUUAUGAUACCUAAAAAACAGAUGUAAAUUCUAAUAAUAAAUAUCAAGGAGAUAAUUACUAUUCUCCAGAUAGAACUGAAGAAAAUUAAGUUAAAAAUUUUGGUUCAGAUGACUAACAAUCUCCGACCCAUUACGAUAAACCUUCAAGUGCUUAUUCUAAUCGCAAAAGAAUUAAUUCAGUCUAAAAGAGUGAAUAUACAUCAGUAAAAGCCAAUUCUCUUGCUUCAACUAUGUACAGAACAUUUAAUGGAACUUAUUAUACAGCAUCUGGGGCUGGUUAAAACACUAUGAAAAACUCGAUAGACUUUAGCAAAUUAGAUCCUACUAAAUUUGUAGAUGGAGUGUAUUAAGAAAUUCCUUUAUGGAGACAAUCUGUUGCAACAUGGAGGAAUUCAGCUCCUUCACAUAAAUUCCCUCAAGCUCAAAGAUUCCCAGAUCCUAAACUUCCAGGCACAUACAAAAACAAGAUAAAUAUUCCCAAUACUCUUAAAAAAAGGUCAACAAGCUUUGGAUUAGGCAAAAAUACAGAUAUUUUCCCUCCUAAGCAUAUAGAAAAAGCCUAAACUACACCAGCUCCAAAUGGGCAUAAAGUUAAGCGCUACUUAGAAGAUUAGAAUCACUAUAAGAUUAGAUACCCAGAAUCUCCUGAAUUAAACAAUACUUCAUAUAUUUAAUAAAGAAGCUGCAGUAAAUCUGGUUGCGAAACAGAAAGAAGCAGAGAAAAAAGAUCCCUUUCAUAAACUCAUUGCAUAACUUAAGGUGUAGAACCUGGUAAAAGCUUCGGACUAAGCUAUGAACACUACAGAAAAAAUUAUUUAAAAUAUGCUGAUAGAAUGAUAUAUUCUCCUCUUUUCUAAGAAGGUAAUCCUCCUCCAAACACAUACAAUGUCAGUGAGAAGAUAGGCAAUGAAAAGAGGAAAUUCAGUAUCUAUUAGAGACUUAAAAUGUUCAAUGAAUAUUGUGAUAAGUAAGUCCCACCUCUCACAACUUAUAAAAUUAAUGAAAAGCCUGUUGUUUAAAAAAGAUUUAAAGAUAUUUCCUUUGGCUACGGAUAAAAAAUAAAUAUCGCUGCACCUCUAAAUGACAAUCCUGGUCCUUAAUAUGCAGUUAAAAGGGACUUUGAUGAAUUCGAUAAAUUUAGUAAUCAUUACCUUCAAAUUUGA